GUUAACGAUCACUCUGACCGUACUCAGUGUCAGAAGAGAUAUGGGCUCUGUACCUACUCCUUCCCGACAACGCAUUCAAUCUGUCUUGAAAUUCACGGGCCAGCAAGAUGCGCUCGCGAGCCAUCAUUUACCAGACCUCGAGUCGGUCAGGCAGGAUAUUGCACUCAUGGACAGCAUACAGAUGCUCGUUGAACAGACACCGACGAUUCUGCUGCACAAUCCACGCCCCGGUGGGCCGCUGGGCGACCCCGCACCGCGCUCCUUGAUUUUUAAUUCACAGCUUAGCCAACUGUUCAAUUACAGCUUUCUCAUUCACGUUGAUGAUGUUCCUGCGGACAUUCUCAAACCAGUGGUCUGGGCAUUACAAAUGUUUGUUGACGUUCUCACUGAAGCAACGGAUGCGCAAUUGCUCGCAUUUGGGCAUGUCUUGAGUCCCGAGGAUGCCGCAGCCGCUAAUCGUGUCGGGCAAGCUGGUGCAUUAGUGAUAAACAGUGGUAGACUGUUCAUGCGCCUACAAGCAAAGGCGAAGCUUGCAAUUUUUCUCUUGCGACCCGAGAUCAAUCGACCCGGAGAUGCCGUGAUAUCCCUCAGAGAACUUAUGGAAUACUUCGUUUCACGUACUCCAAUAGGGCAAUUGAGGCAGCAACAUAAUUUAGUCAUGAUCUUCGCGGAAGCUCUUGUACGGAGUGGCGAGGAUGAUGCAAAAGCAGAGACUCUACUUACAGAGCUCACCGACUCUCCUGCCUCUGAUGCCCAUGGACUAGAAGACUUAGUCGUCACCAAAGUGUACUUGUCGCGGAUACUGCGGCGUCGCGGCAACGUAGGGGCCGCGAAGAGGCAGGAGAAGUGGCUUGUCAAGUGGUUCCGCAAAAAUCCACACGGAUUGUCCGACACAAUUCUGCGGCAACUCCUCAUACCCACUGGCGAAACAACCAGUCCGAUACUGGAAGCACUGGGUGGGAUAUCCUGGCUAGAAGGACGUGAACACACCGACAAGACAGACCGCCGUCUCGUCAAACGAUGCCGGCAAUGUUUACGCCAAGAACCAAUAGUGAAGUUGUUCUUGUGCUCACAGUGCAAGACGGCGAAUUACUGGUACGUCACCCUGCUAAUCCCAUCAAUGGUAGGCGACUCAAUGCGUUGGGUCAGUUCCCGCGAGUGUCAGAAAAAGGACUGGCCGCUGCACAAGCAUGCCUGCAAAGGCCUCGCAGCUGUGAACAAUCAAGCAGCGAGUGAACAGCUCUCCCCGGACCCGGCCAACCCGCCGGUCGUCACGCAGAGGCAGAGAGACUGGGUAGCGCGUCACCACUCUGCCGAAGACUCCUGGCCUUACGUCAGUGCAUUGCGGCUGCACGAGAACCCUAGCCGCGGGCAAACGCACCUCAUCAUCGAACAGUCCGUGUACACUCCCGACGCGGGGCCGCUGGCCAAGGACAAGUUCACGAUCGUCGGAUGCGCCGUGUUCCGCGUCUCCGACAUAGUGAGCGAUAUCGAGCUCAGUCUGAAGCUCAGCCCCGGCGAGGGCGCGCAGUUGUGCGAGAGAGCGCUGCGGGGCCAGCGUCAGUCGGAACCGGGAAACCCCCUAAUUCCAUUCCUCAUCCUGCGAGUCUGCGAAGGCGUCGACAUGACGGUCGGCACUGGUCUCGUGGAGAGCGAUCAGCUUCAACAGACGCAGUACAACCGAAACUGGCGCCAGGAGAUCAGCAAGACCUCCCCGCCUCAAAAGCUCAUGUAUCGCAACCGCAGGGAUGCGGAGUUCGAUUGAAGCAUCACCAGUUCCCUUGACUCGUCUACGACAAGGAUCCCCAUCACUGAGCCGACACGGAAGGACGGAAGGACGGAAGGAAUCGACCUCAAUGCAUCACUCAUCUGUACAAUCUUAAA